AUGGAUGGAGAGCAGGAUCACGACCCGGCCGCUAUGGACUCUGGAUGGGAGGCGCGGCAAGAUGAUGCCGGCGGCCAGAUUUACUACUGGAACUCAGUCACAGGAGAGACAUCCUGGAAACCUCCAGCACAUUUCCAUAAUGGUAGUGAUAUUCAGCCGUGGACGCAAGUUUCUGAUGACAACGGACACGUUUACUAUCUCAACACGGAAACGAUGGAGACGCGAUGGAUGCCACCACCUGCUGCUGUCCAGACCGAAGAAGAUGCAUAUGUCCCUAAUGUGCUUGCAAUAACGGGAGGGCGAGGAAGAAGACCAUCAACUGCUGAACAAGUGAGCGAGUUGAAUCGAUUACUUAGUGGAGAAGACGACGACAGUGGAGAAGAGAAUUCGCUCCGUCAAAAAGAUGAUGCUCAUCAUGAAGAAACACGCGACACUUUAACGCCUGAACUUGAUUCCAAAAAUGCAUUAGAUGCUGAAGGCUGUCCGUGGAUGAUGUUUAUCAAUGAGGAUGACGGCGUACCUUACUACUACAACCACAUCACUGGUGAGUGUCUGUGGGAACCUCCAGAGAAAUUUCAUCGCUUCCACCAGGAUCAACCGCAACAGGAUCUUCAACAACUCGACGAAUUAAAUGUAGAGAAAGAAAAUCUGGAACUUCCUGUAAUCGAAGAUAUCGCUGACCCACAAGACGAGCCGGCAGACUCGACGCUGUAUAAUGGGAUGCCAGAUAAUACUGCUUCACAAGUAGUAAUUACUCCAGACUUUGAAGAGAAAACCUACUAUUCAGCAACUCGCACCACGUUCAGAGGGCGAUAA